AUGACUGAUGAGGGCAAAGCCAGUGUGGAUUAUGUAAAUAACUUAAAUUUGAGUUUAAACAUUAAUAAAACGCUGCAGUUUAUAGAAGAACUGGAUAUACUAUUUCAGCCUGAAGUCGUGCUUAUUGGCUUAUAUGUACCGAUAUUAAUAUUGUCUCUUAUAACUAACAUUCUUCUCAUAGUUGUGGCGGUUAAGUACAACUAUACCAAAAGCGUAACUAAUAUAUUCCUCGUGAAUCUGGCAACUGCAGAUUUGUUGGUCACAAGCGUCUGCAUGCCAAUACAGCUUAGUAAAGCUAUCACAUUAGUUUGGUUCUAUGGAGAUACGGUAUGCAAAAUCGUAAAUUAUAUACAAGGUGUUGCAGUAGCAGCAAGUGUUUUCACGUUGACAGCCAUGUCAGUUGACCGAUGGCUGUCUAUAGCACCAGAACCACGGCUGCGACCACCAGGAAAACGGCAAGCGUUGCUGCUAUUGACCUUACUGUGGUUUGCGGCACUGCUGAUAUUCAUACCACUAUUGAUGGUUGCCACAGUGACCAAGGAGGCUGUACCUAUUAUUUCAAAGGCGUAUGAAAAUAUAUCUAUAGAAACGAGAGACGUACAUUUUUGUACAGAGGAAUGGUCGGGACCAGAAUCCAGAAAAAAGUUUGGAAUAUUUAGUUUUACUCUAGUGUACGCUAUACCAGGUUCAAUCACAAUCCUAUCAUAUGCCUGUAUGGGCCGAACGCUAUGCUCUGUCAGGCCACCUUUUGACAUUGAUGAAGGAAACGUGAGCAUGCAGCAGGGCUUAAGACUAAUGAGGGAAAGGAAAAGAGUAGCCUGGAUACUCCUUCUUCUAGCAGUGCUUUUUGCACUUUGUUGGUUACCCUACAAUAUAAUGCAACUGCUGUUGGAUAUAAAUAUCGUAAACGCGAAAAAUCUAAGCGUUUAUUUACCAUAUGCUUUAUUCAUAGGUCACGCAAACUCUGCUAUAAACCCUAUAGUGUACUGUCUGAUGACCCGAAACUUUCAAAGGUCUAUACGGAAACUUGUAUGUGGACGCGCUGCAUGGAAGCAAAAUAAAUUUACGUGGAGAUGUACUCAAAAACCAGAAGCGUCUUCGAGUGACUACGAGCUUUAUCAUGAACCGCAUAAACGGUGUUUACACUUGAAGACCUUGCGUCAAAAUGGGCAAGCACGUGGAAGUCAAAUUCCACAUGUGGUCGAGGCCCGUCCACACACAACGCAGCUCAGUCACGUGACCCGUUCAUCCCGCAGGACCGCACCCGCGCACGUGCUCUCUGUUGAGAUGUUGCAGCGACAUGGUCUUAUUGAUUUAAAGCGCUAA